ACUUAGCGUUAAAUAUUCGCCACUGAACAUUAUGAAUUAAAAAACUUCACAUUUAAAAUAUGCUUACAGAUUGUUUUAUUUAUUUAGAUUGAAAUUGGUGCAUGUUAUGACGUGAAACAUGGAAUCCGUUCUUCUGAUAUAGCUAAAGCCACAAUCCUUGGUGCAGGCAUAGAGGAUGAGAUGCAAGAACUGCUAGAAGAAAAGAGAUAGAAUUGACCCCACCAACUACCCCAACAGAGGUGGAAACUACAGUGCCUACUUUGACUGACCCUGUGGUUCCAAUUCAAGACAACAUACAGGUUGCCACUACUCCAACCCAACCAGCCAAAAGACAGAAAACUGCAACUGCAGUUAAAAAAGCUGUUAUGAAGAAAAAGGCAGCCGUCAUCAGACGUAGUCAGCAACCAGCAUCAGCUGUCCAACACCAAGCUGCUACAACAACUACAGACCAACAUGCAUCAGAACAGCUAUCUGAACUCUCAUCAACUUUGAUCACUAGCCAGCCAGAAGGGUCUAGUAACCCAUUUGUACAAUUCAGCCAGUUAACCACCAGCCACCUAGACCAGCAGCAAACCACCAAUCCCUUCACUACUACCAGCCAGAUUAGUCAACAAUCAAACCCCUUUGUAACCAACAGUCAUUUAUCAACUAGUCAUCAAUCUGUAUCAGCAUUUAAUCCCUUUUCUAAUACCAGCCAGCCUACACAUUCAUCAAAUCCCUUCGCUCCACUGAACCAGUCAACAUCUAGUCCUGCUUCAACAACAAAUCCAUUUGAAAUGACAGACUUUCCGAUAAUCCAGUCAGCCAGUAGCCCAUCAGUAUUUCAGCAAACCUUUAAUUAUCCUGAACCUACAACACCAACUUGUUCAUCGCCAAUUCUUUUCGACACUCCAGAGAGACCACUACAUCGCAGACCUAUUCCAGACAGAAAAAUAGAUGGCAUCUUCCAAAGACUUUCCACACUAGAGAAAAACCAGACAGAUAUAAAAAACAACCAGCAAGUUAUCAUGACAAUGUUAUCAACAACAAUACAACUCCUACAGGGCAAUUCAACUACCAGUACAAAUCAGUCUUCCAUCUACCAAUGCCAGCCAGUGAUAACAAAUUCAGAAACAUACCCCUUCUACGAUGUGCCUGAAGUUCACAGAAUUAACAUGAACGAUCUCAACUACAUAUCAAAGCACAGCAACUGUCCUGGCCACUUUGCAACAAAACUUGUAGAUCGUCUAUUUCCAGAACUUUUUACCACUGAGCAACUCCGCCUGCAAUACUCUUAUCACGGUGGAGGAAAAUGCAACAAGUCCGAACUGCCCCAUGACAGGAAAACUAUAAUGCAAAGAUAUAUUCUUCAUUUCUAUCCUUCUCUGUCCGACCCCAGAGUGUGGAAAGACGCUAUAGUACCAAGGGUAAAUGAGUAUUUAAGAAGACCUGCAAAACAGUUAUAGAGCACUCACUUCAAUCUACUGUCAUUAACAUUAAAAGUAUCACUUCUUAAGUGAACAUUAUCAGACUAUAUAUAUAUAGUCCUUCAAUGUAUAAUAUAUUUAUUAUUGUUAUUCAAUGUAUAUACAUGUAUAUAUAUGACUUAUUUAUUUGAUUUUUGUGCUAUCAGCUUCAUGAACAAUUUGCAUGAUCUUUAUUGAUAUAGGUUCAGGUUAAAUGCAUGCUGAUCUAGUAAUUGGUUUUAAAUCUUUUUUUGUUUUAAGGAGUCAGUAUAUGAAAAAAUGAUUUAUUUAAAAGUGCAAACUGAAUUGACAUAUGGUAUAAAAUACAAUAUGUAUGCCUAUACAUAUAUUUUCAGCCAGCCAUAAAGGCUUAAGAAACACUGCACAUGUAUAUAUGCUUGCUAAUGAUCCUGAAAUUAGAAAACUAUAUUUUAUUAAAUGCACAUGAAAUAUGUAAUCAUGAUUGUUAUGAAUAUGACAUUAUUUAUAAUUUGUUUUUGUUAUUAGAUAUUUCAAUGUGUCAGUAAAAAUAAAUAUGUCAAAUGAUCCAUUCUUUUAUUUCUUCAUGAAUUGAAAGGCAGUUGUUGAUCAAUGUACAUUUUCGAACAAAUUAUAGGUAUAUUCAUAUGGUAUAAACAGUAAACUUUAAACUUUUUAUCUCACUAAAGUAACACUAGUAAAAUAAGAAGAUGUGGUACGAUUGCCAAUGAGACAAAUAACCACCAACGAAAGUAACAUGUAGGUUAUAAACAUCAUGGUCAUGGAUGUUUAAUUCUGUAACACUCAUGAAAGAGACUAUGUAAAAUCCAAAAUUUAAAAGAAACACUCGAGAUUAGUUCCAAGCCAACACAAGACCUUCAAACUUCAUAAAAAAAAAUUGCAUUGUUCCGAUCUUAUCCAACAACGAGUCUCUUUCUCAACACAGUACAGACGUACUAGUUAAGAAUGGAGUUAUGUGUAUGUUACGUAUCUAACUUUCCCGUGGUGGAAAGAUAGUGCAAACAUUAAGAUCGGAAAAUUCACCACGCAGCAAUACACAAAAAGUUUACAUGCAACAAUACACUUCCAUUCAUGUGUUUACAAUCGUAUGACAACUAUGUCACGAGGGUACCACGUUUAUUAUGAUUUUGAUUCAGCUACGGAAGUAUUCCUGUUGUCGACAAAAUU